UAACAUUAUAUUUUUAUGGGAACUUGUAAAAGUUGUGAAAACACUUAAGAGGAGAUGAUUUUGUAUGCUUUGCCAAAUGAUUUGAAAAGGCCUAAGAGUUCUGAGAUAAUAGCUCCAAUGACUGGAGAGACUGAUGUAACAAGAGACAAAAGAGGAACAUUCAAAUAUGAAAAUGGAGCAACAUAUACUGGAGAAUGGUACAACAUUAUUUUAUAUUUUGUUUUGGAUUGGAAUAUGUCGUGAUGGUUUUGGUACUCAGGUUUGGCCAGAUGGGGCGUCUUAUGAAGGGUAAUGGAAGGAUGAUAAAGCUCAAGGGAAAGGUAUCUUUAAACAUGCAGAUGGAGACAUAUAUGAUGGAGAAUGGUAAAACGACAAGGCAAAUGGCUAAGGGAUUUAUUUCCAUGCUGAUGGUUCCAAAUAUGAAGGAUUGUGGAAGGAUGACAAACAGCAUGGUUAUGGCACUGAAACUUGGACAGAUGGAAGUAGAUAUGAAGGAACCUACAAAUACGGAAUGAAGGAUGGAUCAGGAACUUAUUAUUGGCCAGACGGAAAGGUUUAUUAGGGUUAAUGGUUGCAAAAUAGAAUGACAGGAUAGGGAGUAUGUCAUUGGAAAGAUGGAAGGUGUUAUUUAGGUGAAUGGUUGGAUAAUAAUAUGCAUGGUCAUGGUAAAUAUACUUCUGCAGAUGGCAAACAAUAUGAAGGAGAUUAUUAUUUUGACAAAAAACAUGGAUUUGGUACAUUCACAUGGCCAGAUGGUAAAAAAUAUUCAGGAAAUUGGAAAAAGGGCAAGUAACAUGGGAAAGGUAAAAUACUAAUAGAUAAAAUUGAAAAGUAGGGAAUGUGGGAAAAUGGCAAGCGUAUUAGAUGGAUUGAGGAUGAAGAUUGAUGCUUUUUGUGAUUCAUUCUUUUUUCAUAUUUAUUUAAACUA